GGCCCAGAAUGAGAGGUGGGGACAUUCUCAUGGCCGGCUCCCAACUCAGCCUUGGGAGGGGGGAGCGUGUCUGUUGGAGAUUGGCUGCUGGCUCCCCCCAAGGGGCUGCUUUGAAAGCCUAGAGAGGGUGGUGCUAAACAGCCCAGAGCAGAGACUUCAACUUAAUCUAGCUGCAGCUCACUCCAUCCCACGGAUAGUGCCAGAUGCAGACCAGCAACCCGGGGGAGAACGGAUGCUUCCCUAGGCACAGACACACCUGCUGGCUGCUGGACUCGGCAGGGCCAGGGCGGUGUCCAUUCGGCGUGGCUCCCACUGGCCCCUGUGGCCACCCAGCCCCACGUGCUGCCUGGUGAGGAGGAGCAGAGGGGAGGGAGUGGUGCCUGUGAGUCAUGAGGUCACCCUGCCCGUGGAAUGCCCUGGGCACCAUCAUGCUGCUGGUUCUGGUGCAGGGCUGGGCACUGGCCAUGAGUCAGGAGUACGACUACUACAGCUGGCAGUCAGACAACUUCCAGCACGGACGCUUCUACACCAAGCAGCCCCAGUGCGUGGACAUCCCGGCGGACCUGCAGCUCUGCCACAACGUGGGCUACAAGCGCAUGCGCCUCCCUAACCUGCUGGAGCACGAGUCGAUGCCUGAGGUCAAGCAGCAAGCCAGCAGCUGGGUGCCCCUGCUGGCCAAGAGGUGCCAUUCAGACACACAAGUCUUCCUCUGCUCUCUCUUUGCACCUGUCUGCCUGGACCGGCCCAUCUAUCCGUGCCGCUCGCUCUGCGAGGUGGUGCGCGACUCCUGCGCACCCGUCAUGGAAUCCUAUGGCUUCCCCUGGCCUGACAUGCUCAACUGCAACAAAUUCCCCUUUGACAAUGACCUGUGCAUCACUGUGCAGUUUGGAAACAGCCAGGCUACUCAGCCACCAGUAUCAAAGAUCUGCACCCAAUGCGAGAUGGAGCACAAAGCAGAUGGCAUAAUGGAGCAGAUGUGUUCCAGUGACUUUGUGGUAAAAAUGCGCAUCAAGGAGGUCAAGAAAGAGAAUGGGGAGAGGCGUUUGGUGGCCAGUCAGAAGAAGAAAAAGCUGCUGAAAGUGGGGCCACUGAAGCGCAAGGACACCAAGAAGCUGGUCUUACAUAUGAAGAACGCAGGCGCCUGCCCUUGCCCCCAGCUUGACGACCUGAGUGGCAGCUUCCUGGUGAUGGGUCGCAAGGCGGGUGGGCGGCUGCUGGUUUUGGCCAUUUACCGCUGGGAGAAGAAGAACAAGGAGAUGAAAUUUGCUGUCAAAUUCAUGUUCUCCUAUCCCUGUUCUAUGCACUACCCUUUCUUUUAUGGGGCAGACCCCCACUGAAUCGCCACUCAUUCCAAGAGCCCUGCCCCACCUAUCUUUUCAGAAUCCUUUCCAAGUCCCUUCAGUCCCCUUUCUCCCACACCAAGCCACAUGCUUUUGGAGCUCAGCCCAAUCAAGAUAUAGGACAAACUACAAUUAGUUCCAAAUUCAGGAGUUAUGCCCAUCACUUAACUCUGGAGAACUUACAGAAAUCGCCCCCCCCACACACACACACACACAAACACUCCCUCUCUUAGAAAAUAAGAACAGUCUUAUGUGCAAGAGCGGGAGUUCAUCUCUAACACAACAGUGGCUGAAUUACCCAGAAUUUUAGUGGGAAUAUAAUGGCCUGGAACACUUACAGAAAACACCAGGCUUUCUUGUUAAAUCCUAGCAGCCCAAAGUUCUAAAACUGAGGAAAUCAUGACAGCCAUGCAUUGACCAUUCCAGCCAUUAAUAUGUCUAAUCCUUUGAUUCUGCUUACAACAAGCUUACUAAAAAGAGCUGCCCAGCCCUAAAGCACCUGAAAUCCGGCAUGAUGUAAACAUCUCAGACUGCCAGACACCCACUGUGCUAUAUGAACCAUCAUGUCCAACUAACACUUCAUUGGACUGACAAUUCCUGCUUUGGCUCCCCUACCUCAGCCCCUGAUAUUUGUUCCUCGAUGAUUCAUUCACAGCUUCUUCCCAGACUGUGCAGAACAUGAAGCAGAAGCUAUAAGACUUCUCUGUUUAUAUACUGGGGUUGGGGAAGAGGCAAUACCCUUCAGCUUAAGAGACCUCUUCUUUAGCCAUGGCAAGGUAAUCUACCCCUCCCAUUCAGCUCCUGCUGUCAUCACACUGCUGCUUUGACUUGUGGGAGUGUAUCUCAAUUCUUUAGCACUCUGAAGCAUUGUGGGUAAUUGCCCAUGUGCUGUGGCUUGCAACUAGUCUUCUCCUGAGGUUCUAAUGCAGAUGCUACUCUUGAGGCACUGUGCUUCAUGGACAAGUGGACACAUCAAGUAGUCUAGAGGUUUAAAUCCUCAAGGCUGUUUAUGGGGGUGCAGAAAGCUUGUUGUAUGAGCCAAUUUACACGAGGAACUUUACUGAAAAAUAUGCUCUGUUGGCUCCACUGCUAAUCCCAUCUCCUCCCCCUCCACAGUCACCUGCCUACAGCUUGUCGAAAUCUCGCCACUCCACAAAGUACAUUAGUGUGUCAAUAAAAGAAGAGCAAACCAAUCCUGUGUGUGCACAAAUGAAGGUGCCAAACCACCGGCUGGGCCCUCUGGGUGGCUGUGUCCACCAGCCAGGAUGCCAGACCACCAACUGAGCCUGACGGAUGGCAAACAUAGGGUGGAUGUGUCUCCCUGGGGCCCCUCCAUCUGGCUCAUUCCCAACCUCCAGAGUUCUGGGAUCAGCUGGCAAGCUAAUCCUGGAAGGGAUAUUUAUAGUCUCAACACUGCCAGUUGCGGGUGGGUGCAGGGACAGUGCCCAAGAAAGCAGGCUGUAGGGAUUGGGCCUGGUCACACAUAGAGGGGGUUUUCAUAGGGGCUCAUUCUCACUUUAAAAUUGCUGGGGGGGGGGAGGAAGAGGAGUGCUCAGAGGACCUUAAAAGGGACCUCUGUUUCACUCAGGGAAUUCCCUAUCCUCAAAUUUUCUCUAGGAACUGCUUUGCCAUAUAUCAGACCAUUACUGUGGAGUUCAUUGUUUCUAGCUGAAACUCACUUUGCCCUGUAAAUCACUGACUCAUUUCUCCCCUGUAAACUACUAAGCCACAGUUCUCUUAAGGAGCACUUGCCCACUGCAGAAUGAGUUUAUCAUCGCAGGAGAAAAGAUGGUCAGUCACAUAAGCUUCAAACCACACACACACACACACAGCAGGGGCUUGGGGUAUGCCAGAGAGAAUCCAGAAGGACAAAGGCAAGCCUUGAGAUCUUUUCAGAAAGCAUUCCUUAGAGCAGGGGUAGACAAUCUUGAUGCUCCAGCUGUUGCUCCCAUCAACCCCCAUCAACCUCCCAUCAACCCCAGCCACAGCUGGAGAUCUAAGAUUGCCUAAGUAAAGGUAAAGUACGUCAUCAAGUUGGUGUCAACUCCUGGCGACCACAGAACUCCUGUGGUUGUCUUGCAACUGUCCACCUUGCAUGGGUGCACACACACCCCGAUCCACCCCCAGAACAGUGAGAUGAGCUGCUGCACUGACUACAGAGAGCGUGAGCUGAGCAGCACGACCGCGAGAAGGGGCAGGCUGCUCGGUCUUGGAGCCUCUUGAAGCACGGGGCCCUGGGCGACCAUCCCUUGGGGGGGCCCUCAGAAACUGUGGGGCAAGAGACAUUCAUCUUCCUUUAUUUUAUUAAUGGUACGCCCAGGGGCAUAGCAAGGUUGGAAUGGGCCCAGAGACAAGAUUUUGAAAUGGGGGCCCCCCUCACUGAAGCUCAGCUCAUGAAGUAAAUUGUGGACGAUGCAAGUCAUUUAAUGGUUCUAGAGAAAGACAUGCUGUUCUGGUAGCUCCAGGUCUUAACACUCACAUCAAUUUUGGAGGAUGAAUACAACUGAAGGAAGCUCAGGCGGGUGUGCAGCUGGGGGAGUCAGUCAUGUGACUUGCCUCUGGGGGGCCCCCAAGGCAGGGGGCCCCCAGAUAACUGUCUCCCCUUGCCCUAUUAUAGUUACACCCCUGGGUAUGCCCAUGGUUUGGUAGAAUACAGGAAGGGUUUACCAUUGCCUCCUCCCGCACAGUAUGAGAUGAUGCCUUUCAGCAUCUUCCUAUAUUGCUGCUGCCUGGUAUAGGUGUUUCCCAUAGUCUGGGAAACAUACCAGAGGAGAUUCGAACCAGCAACCUCUGGCUUGCUAGUCAAGUCAUUUCCCCCUGCGCCAUUAGGCGGCCUACCCCUGCCUUAAAGCAAGAUACCUGAGAGUGUUGUCUUCAUAAGAAAAGAUUAUCAAAGCUCAUUGCCCCUGGAAAUUUCGAGUCUAAAAGCAUUUGGAUCACUAUGGUUUUUACUCUACCCAAAUUUUAAUUGUUAAAAACACACAUCUCCCAAGCAUCAGCUUGAGGCAUGCCUCUCCUCUUUACAUUUGCACAAGCAACAACAAAAAUAUUCAGUUGCUGGGGAUCAGAUCUUAUUACUAGGCUUUGUUCUUACUGGCACAUGAGAGCUGUUGUACCCCUUGUCCCUCACAUCUGCCUGGUCUUUGAUCUCACAGAGAGCAGGCCACGUGAGAGCAAAACUGCCAACGGUGUGAGAAUUAUUUUAAAUGUACAAGAGCCAAGGGCCUCCACAUGGCAGAGUGAAGUCUUUAGGCUCUUUUAUGCAAACUAGCCAACCCCUGCACAGAGCAUCUGUGCGCUCUUUGGGGCCGGCUACCUCCCACCCACCCCCACCUUUCUGCCCCAGUCUCCGGUCGGGCCCAGGGUGCUGGGCUGAGUGCCGCCGCGCCUCCGCGGCCUGGCCCUCCACCACCACCGCAGCCAGGCAGCCGCUGUCUCACCUCCAGGCCGCCCAGAUAGCUAAUUCUCCUGGCUGCGCCUCAGCCAAUCAGGCGCCUCCACCGCCCAGCCAAUCAGCUGGGCGCCAGGACGCACAUUCUAAGGCACACCCAGGAGAAAUAAUAAUAUAGAUAGAUAGACAAUAAUUCAGAAUUGCUUGUUGGAACAAUACUCCUUCUGGUAGCAUGGUAACAUUUCCUAGUGUAGCCAGCAGGGCAUGAGUAGGGAAAAUGUGCUGGGUAGCUGACAAGAGGGCAGAUUUCAUCUGGUGUACCCAUGCUGUUACCCAAAAAGGGGUGGUUCGCUAUGCCAAGAAGAAUCCCAGCUGUGUUUCUUUCCCUGCCCCCAAUAGAAGCACCGAUGGCACCAGAGUGCUGGGAAAGGCUUCCUGCUCUCUUCUUCCCCAGUUUGUGCAGUUAGAAUAUGGGCUGUUUUAAAUAGAAACAUAGGAAGCUGCCUUGUAUUGAAUCAGACCAUUGGUCCAUCUAGCUCAGUAUUGUCUACACAGACUGGCAGCAGCUCUCUACACAUAUUGUCUACACAGACCGGCAGCAGCCCUCCUACUUGGAGAUGCCAGGGAGUGAACCUGGGACCUUCUGCAUGCAAAGCAGAUGCUCUAUCCCUAAGCCACAGCCACACCACUACCCCUAAGAGGAGUAUAUUACAGCACUUACAUGUAGUCACCCAUCCAAAUUCAAACCAGGGCAGACCUUGCUUAGCAAAGGGGGAAAUUCAUACUCAGUAUGGGAAGACCCGCUCUCCUCCCCAUGUCCCCCUCCCCCCCACACUAGUAGUGCUACUAGGAAAGUGGAAAAGGCUGAAGUUCGAAGGUUGGUGGGGGGUUUUUUGUUUGUUUUUCGCAAGAGCGAAGGAUGGCCAAUCCUCCACCACUUUAAACCGGUGUAAGUGUGAGGGGCAUCAUAUAUGUCUGGCAGUACUGCUGCCUGAGGUGAGAAGAGGAAGUCAGUGAUCACAGAGGAACAUGACACAGGUGUGUUCCUCCCACAGUGUUGCUGUGAGAAAAAGAGAAGUACAGAAGGAGGCCAAGGAUGGAAUUUCUAUAUACACACACACACACACACCACCGACAAGUCUAAACAAAACAUGUUGAAGCUGAGAGACUGUUUCCAAACUGAUAAUCAGGAACCAUUAGGUAGAACUCAGCAGUAGCCUUUCUGUAAGCCCUGGUGAAACAUUCAUAUUGACAGCCAUCCUAGUUUCGCUCACAAUUUUCACCCAGAUUUUUGUGGGAGCAGCACACUUAUAUGUUCAACCAUACGUUUUAUCAAAAUAUACCAAUAUGAUCCAUCCUUAAGGGGCUCCUGUUGGUCCUACCUUGAGAGCUGGUCUUGUGGUAGCAAGCAUGACUUGUUCCCUUAGCUAAGCAGGGUCUGCCCUGGUUGCAUAUGAAUGGGAGACUUGAUGUGUGAGCACUGCAAGAUAUUCCCCUCAGGGGAUGAAGCCGCUCUGGGAAGAGCAGAAGGUUUCAAGUUCCCUCCCUGGCAUCUCCAAGAUAGGGCUGAGAGAGAUUCCUGCCUGCAACCUUGGAGAAGCCGCUGCAAGUCUGUGAAGACAAUACUGAGCUAGAUGGACCAAUGGUCUGACUCAGUAUAUGGCAGUUUCUUAUGUUCCUAUGUAUCCACUUAUUCCUGAUGUAUAGAAUGUGUAGAUCCCUUUCCCAAAUUUGAAACAGAAAAGCAAUUCAUUCAUUCAAAACAAGGAAUUGUUAUGGAAAGUAACAAGACAUAUGUCCCAACUAAGUUUCAUAAUGAGCAUUUCCAUGCCAGUUGUGCUACCUCCCUGGGCAUAUCUUCCAGGACCUGUAGCUACCUGCAAGAAUGCAUCCGUCCACCUGUUGUUGAAUCGUCAAGCCUAUUCCUCAUAAAGCUGUUUUGAAAAAUCCCAGGCGCCUUUUGAAAGCCGCAAACACAAACGCUCUGCCACCGUGAGGCCACAGCUGCUCAGUACAACAUGGCACUUUUCCAGUGGGAUUCCAUUUGCUUAACUCUCAGCGGCACCUUUGCUUCAACUAUCUUGAAAGUGUCCUCUUGAAUUAUCGUCACCCUAAACCACAGAACUAUUUCAGGGACAAAAAUGCCAUUUUGUCCCUUAGGAAUCUGGGCUGCCCCCCGCCUUAUGAUUUCAGCUUCCAUCAUCAUGUGUAUUUAGAUAUGUUUACAAGUCCUAGUUUUCCCCAUUAUUAUUAUUUUUAAUUUUGAUUUCUACUGCUGAUCAUCAUCAUUUUGAGAUUCAGAUUCUCACUGCACCUGGCAACAUUAUUCACAUUGCAGUGUGACUUUCCACACUGUGAAGAACCUGUAUAUGUCUUACAGAAAAAAUAUUUCCCACUUUCAUAUAUCAGAUCACAGAAAUGGAUUAACGAGGUGGUGGUUUUUACUUUUCAGCCAAGCAUUUUGUGAUGCUCAAAUGGAUAUUGUGAUAGAAGACAUGCCUACCUUAAUGGUUAUCAUUUUUUCCUGAUUAAUGUUAACAAGGAUUUAGCCCUUUACUGUGUCAGCCCAAAUGAGCUGGAACUUUCUUAUCUAGGUCUUGAGAAUUGUUUUUGGCCCAGAGCAGUCUUUUCCUACAACAUCAAAUAUGGAUAUAUAGCCACACAUAUUUAUUUCAUUUUCUUCUCUGCAGAUACAUACAGUUCUAAGCAAUUGAAGCUGGACAAAUUAAAAAAUGUUUUCAUCUAUUUUUUGUCUAAUAUGUAUCCAAAUAAAUAAUUCCAUAACCUUGAUACUGCUCA